UUGAAUUCCUGCGAUCCAAAUGCCCUGAAACUCCGACGAUGAUGAUCCGAGCCCACUUUUAAAUAUCCUGAAGCCGCCAAAGAAAAUCACUCUCUCCUUCCGUCAACGGUCCGUCCCUCUCUGAAAAAAUCGAAACAGAUUUUGAUUUUUCUCACUGCUCUUCGAGAAAAUGUCCUCGUUUGUUUCUCGAGAAUCCGAUUCCAGCGAGAAACAAUUUUACUCCCGCAAAGAAAAAUCGUUGGGACUCUUGUGCUCCAAUUUCUUGAGGUUAUACAAUACUGAUGGCGUUCAAUCGAUUGGGCUGGAUGAUGCUGCUACCCGAUUAGGAGUGGAGCGCCGCCGGAUAUAUGAUGUGGUCAAUAUAUUGGAGAGUGUAGGAGUAGUAGCUAGAAAACAAAAGAACCAAUACUCGUGGAAGGGAUUUGAAGCAAUUCCUCUGGCCUUGAAGGAGCUUAAGGAAGAAGGUUUGAGAGAGAACUUUGGAGUUUCAGGUUGCUGUAACUCGUCACAGGGUUCAAAUGACAUUGAAAAUGAAGGCGCUUCCUUUGCGAAGAAUGAAGGGCAGAAGAAUUUUUCAGCGUUAUUUAAAACUGACAACAAAAGAGAAAAAUCAUUGUGGCUUCUCUCUCAAAACUUUGUGAAGCUUUUCCUGUGUUCAGAUGUGGACAUGAUAACACUUGACAAUGCUGCAAGGGCAUUGCUUGGCGAUGGCUAUGGUUCCACAGCUAUGAGAACAAAAGUUAGGCGACUAUAUGACAUUACUAAUGUUUUUUCUUCCAUGAAUCUAAUUGAGAAGACCCAUCAUCCGGACAGCAGGAAACCAGCAAUUAGGUGGUUGGGAUGGCGAGGAAAAGCUAGUUGUGGCUCUGGGAGUGCUUUGAAUCUGAAGGAGACAAAGAAGAGGGAAUUUGGGACAGAGAUUACAAACUCCAACUUAAAGAGAAGUAAGGAAGAUUCUUUAAUGGCUUGGAGAUUAAGUUUAGUGGAGAGUUCUCCAAGGCAUAUUAGAGAAUAUGAUAGUGAGAACAAGCAUAUCAAAAUAAAAUCAGAGCCUGAAUCAAAACAUAGCCCAAAGGAUUUUGUGUUUGGCCCUUUUAGUCCAGUCAGUAGACCCGGAGAUGGUAAAUCUGGAGAAAAAUUUGUGAGACAGGUUCAGGACUGGGAGACUUUGGCUUCUACCCACUCUCCUCGGUAUUGCAAUCAAGCUAUGAGUCAACUUUUUGGCCAUUAUAUGGAAGCAUGGAAAUCAUGGCACAUUGAAAUUGCUGGAAAAGAACAGAUAAAGAUAAAUCCUGAUGAAUGACCAAGUGAUCUUGUUCAACAGAUGUAAACAUCCUCUUUCCCGGAACUGCAAAGUUUACGCAUCAAAGUUUUGUGCAAGUCCAAGUCAUAAAGUCAGUCUUUUUCCCUUAACUUCUAGCACUGUAGGGAUAGACGAGUCAAAAUUGGCUUAUUGCAUCUAUAGAAGACGGUAGCAUACGCUGGUUUGAACUAUCUGUCAAAAUCACCAAGUUGAAUACAAAGAAAGUGAAAAGAGUGAAAUGUAUGACUUGUUCAUUUAAAGAACCGGAGAAGAGGUUGAGGUGUCGUUUGGUUUGCAUAAUCUAGCUUUUCAAGAAUAAGAGUUUUCCUUUUUCUAAUAUUUUUACGUUUUGUAGAAUCCUUGAAAUCUAGAGGAAAGUUGGAUUCCUUCGAAAGGAGAAAUUGUCAUUUCCUCAAAUGAGAGGAAUCCUUGACAAUACUCAACAAUUAUGUAUCUUGAAUGUAAUUUUUUUAUAUUAUUUCAUUUCUCAUUAAUUAAAU